AUGUCUACCUCAGCCAUCCCAGUGAAAGAGAAGAUAAACCGCAAUGAAGCAAAUAAGUUGAAGGUAGUCGGUGCUGGUCUGGGUGGGCUAGGCGCUGCAAUUGCAAUUUCUCUCGCUGGUCACUCAGUAACCGUUCUCGAAUCUGCACAUGAAAUCGGCGAAGUAGGAGCCGGAAUCCAAAUCCUACCUCCCACAUCCCUCAUCCUUCGCAAUUGGGGAUUGCUUCCCUACCUCUCUUCCCACAGCACUUCUCCUUCACAUGUCAACAUGAUAUCUUGGAAAGGUGAUGUCAUAUCAACGAUGAAUACUAAGGAGAGCGCGGCACAGUACCCAGAAACUGUUUACUGGGAUUUUCAUCGCGCGAACUUACAUAGGGGGUUAUAUGAACGAGCAUUGGAGUUAGGAGCUAAGGUCAAAGUAGGGAUGAGGGUGGUAGAUGUGGAGAUUCUGGAGGAUGGAGCGAGGGUACUGGUAGAGAGAGGUGCUGAUGAAAAGAAGAUGAAGAAUGAAGAGAACGAGGAGGAUAUAAAAGCCGACUUAGUAGUUGGUGCCGAUGGGAUCUUUAGUAAACUCAGGGAAGUCAUGUUAGGACGAGAAGAUCCGCCACAUCUUACCGGAGACUUGGCUUAUAGAUUGUUGUUAUCUACUAAGGAUAUGUUAGCAGAUGACGAAUUAGCAGAUUUCGUGAAGAAUCCGCAGGUGAAUUAUUGGUUGGGCCCAGAUAUGCACGCUGUAAACUACGUUCUGAGAGGCGGCGAACUGUUUAAUAUGGUUCUUCUUGUUCCAGAUGAUAUGCCAGCUGGUGCUACUACUCUAGAAGGUAAUGUAGAAGAAAUGCGAGCGAUACCAAAACUACUUAGCAUGUGUGAAUCAGUGUACAAAUGGCGUCUUUGUACUCGUCCUGGUCUGGAUAAUUGGAGUCAUCCAUCCGGUCAUUUCACUCUUCUAGGAGAUGCUGUUCAUGCUACUCUUCCUUAUCUUGCUUCUGGUGCAGGAAUGUCACUCGAAGACGCCGCCGUCCUAGGCGAGCUCCUCUCCCACUACCCCAAUCCCUCCACCGCGCCCUCUUCUCCCAGUGCCACCCAAAAAUCUUCCUUUCUCCGCCACAUCCUCCCUAUCUAUCAAGCCAUCCGCGCACCACGUACCCAGACUGUCGUCGAGCGAGGCAAUACCCAACAAUAUCUCUAUCACCUGCACGAUGGCGCCGAGCAAAUUGAGCGAGAUCGGAAGAUGAGGGAAGAAGAAGGAGGAGAAGCAUUGGCGUGGAGGGAUAAAGGUUUUGCGCCAUGGUUGUUGGGGUAUAGAGUUUCAGAUGAGAGAAGAGUGUUUGCUAUAACUUUCUUCGAUCCUCCCAUCCUUCCUAAAGUCCUUCAAAAAGAUUCCCCAGACUGGGUGGAGACUUCACUCAAUAUUGCUCGUACUAUCUUUCAGGAGGCAAAAUGGGGUAUGAUUCGACUUGAUCUUUCAGUGAAUUGGACUUUGCGAAAACAACCUAUAAAAUAA